AUGGGCCGCCCCGAAGAAGCCUCAGGUGCAUUGUCUAAGCAGGGCGACGAUGUUCCGCCGCCGCCCUACCAAGAGUCGUCAGACGCAACAAGCUCGCAACCACUGCACCAGCAGGUCAGGAGCACGCAAAAUGCCAAUUUCUCAGCAGCACAGCCCCAACAGCAAGCAUACAUCAACCGCCAGUUUCCCGGCAAGUUUUCCAUGUACUCCCAAUCGGGAGGAUUUGGGACAACAUACUACCUCGGCGAGCACGGCUCUCACCCUCUAUACAUUGUGAAGACGCAUACGGGCUGGAGCGGCUCGCCAGACGUGGUUCUGCACUCGGGGCCCAGCGAGUCUUCGCCUCCGCUGGCGGGCGUCUCAGCCAACACCUUAAGCCGUUCUGCCACUGUCGAGCUCCCACCGCUGCCGGGGUCUGGCCGCACUGCUGCAGAGGAGCCGCUCGCCUUUUCCGGUUUCAGCCACGGCACCUUUACCUUUAGCAUCGAAGUCGGCAGCGUAGGCCGGCGGGAGUCGUUUGAGUGGAGACACAGCCACGGCAACGAGGUGGACUCGCUCGGCGGCUCGAGUUCCGGAUGGAAGCUGGUGCGGCUGGCAACAGAUGCGCCCGGGGGUCAAGGCAAAGGAUCGCAUUUCGUAGGCGGAGGUCCGCAGUCGAGCGAUGCCAAGGAAGUUGUGGCCGUAUGGUCCAAUGCCCGUAUGAGCAUGUCAAAGCUGUUCAACUUCCAAUUCCUGGGCAGCGGCGUCACAGGUGCACUAGGGGAGAGAUGGGCUGUCAUGGCUGUGAUUACGGCUCUGAGAAUUUGGGACAAGGAGCGGAAAGCCAGGAGUGCUGCUGCGGCUUAG